AUGAUGAAGCUUUCUUCUCUCCUCUUCUUUGCUCUCCCCGCGGCUGCGGCCCAUAUCCACGCUCGCGCAGCACAUGGCGUCAUUGAUACUAAUCCCUUCAACUAUACCGGCCUAGGUGGUCCUCUGAACUGGUAUGGCCUAAAUAAGACCGCCAAUGAGGCAUGCGCAAAAGGCAUGCGCCAGUCGCCUAUCAACAUUGACACCCAUACCAUCGAAUAUGCCGCAACAGGGUCAGUGAACUUUAACAUUAGCAAUGUCGCAUCUGCCAAGUUCGAGAACUCGGGUUUUGGAUUGGAGGUUCUCAUGACCAAUGGGUCACUAGUUGUAAACAAUAUCACCUAUUAUCUCGACAAUUUCCAUUUUCACACUCCUAGCGAGCAUCGUGUUGAUGAGGAGUACUUCCCUAUGGAGUGCCACUUUGGUUUCGUGAGCGACGAUUACAAAAUCGCUGUCGUUGGCUUCUUUAUGGAAAUCUCCCGCUUUGGCUACACUACUCCCCUCUUGGAUUCCGUCUUUGCCCGCCUUGACGACAUCACUAAGCCCGGCACAUUCACCAAAACCGGUCCUCUUGACUUCUCCGGCUUAAUCAGUCAUUUUAACAAGUACGGUGUUUACACAUACAGCGGCUCUCUAACCACCCCUCCCUGCACUGAGGGUGUCUCUUGGUUCAUCAGCACGGAGCCCUUGUGGAUCAAUGUUCAGCAGUCCCAAGCUGUGAAAAAAGUCAUCAGGUAUAAUGCUCGGUAUACGCAAAAUAAUCUGGGAGAACCCAACCUAUUGGUGGUUGCUGCUAAGGCGUUUGAUUGUAAUGUUAGUAGUUCCAUGUGGAGCUAG